AUGCCACGGAAAAAGGCAGCUGGUGGAGUUCAUGAUGACAACUCUUAUCCGUUCUCCAAGCUUCAGCGGUACACCGCAACACCCAUCUUCUGUACCCAAACACCUACCUUUAGUACCCAAACACCCACCUUUAGUACCCAAACCAGCUCCAUAUCUGAUGAUGAUGGUGAUCGUGUUGAUGAGACCUCACCAGGGACUAUCCAUGAAGCGAGAACAAGAUGGUCACAAGCUGAAGAUGCUGCGCUGGUGAGCGCUUGGUUAAACACGAGCAAAGAUGGCACCACUGCCAAUGAGCAGAAAGCUGGCGCCUUCUGGAAACGAGUAACAAGGUUUUACUCUGCAUGCUCUUCGGUGAAAGACCUUCCUCCACGUGGAUCCAAUAAUUGCAAGCAGAGGUGGGCUAAAAUAAAUGAAGGGGUCCAGAAGUUUUGCGGAAACUUUGAGAUGGCGGGACGUCAGGCUACAAGCGGCCAGUCAGAAGAUGAUGUCUUCCAAAUGGCAUACAAAAUGUUUAACCAGGAUCAGAAGACCAACUUCACCUUGGGGCAUGCGUGGAGGAUGUUGAGAAAUGAUCAGAAGUGGUGCUCUCUUUGUAAAGGGAAAGGCAAAGCGCUGAGUAAAAGAGCUCAGCCUGAAGCUACCGUAGCAGGCACUCAAAUGGAGGAGGAAGUGGAAGAGAGACCAAUCGGCGUGAAGGGAGCGAAGGCUGCAAAGUUGAAAGCGAACGAGAAGGGAACUAGAACAAGCGAAGACAAGGAGGCUGCUAUGAAUCGUCUCCAAAUCGUGGCUGCUUUAAGCGAGAAACAGUUUGCUAACAAUAACAUAUUAGCCAAUAAAAAACUACUUGAUAAUCUCUUAUGCAAAACUGAACCACUAGACGAAAUAGAGUUAGAGCUUAAGAGAAAGCUGAUUAGGCAGAUAUUGUAA